GCGGUGCGUGCGAGGGAUCGAAUGAACAACUAAACUCAAAACACCAGAAGAAGACUGAGCAGCGGCCACUUAAGGGCGCCAAACUCUAAAAAAGAGAUGUAAAUCUUUAUAUUUCAUAUCUAUACUCGAUGCUGACAACGCAGAAACAUGCCUCUGUCAACUCAGUCCCAAGCGGACAUUGACCAGUACAUUCUGAUAGCAAGUUUGGAUAACGCAAGGAAUCUGUCCAACAUCCUGAAAGCCAUCUCUUUCAAAGACCAUGCUAUCUUCAAUGCAACGCAGAAUGGGUUAAAAGUCACUGUAGAGGACUCCAAAUGCCUCCAAGCUAAUGCCUUCAUUCAGGCUGACAUCUUUCAAGAAUACACUAUCAAAGAGGAUGCAGUUGGCUUUCAGGUUAACUUAACUGUUCUUCUGGAUUGCCUAACCAUCUUUGGGGCGAGCACAACCCCAGGUGUGUGCACUGCCCUGAGAAUGUGCUACAAUGGCUAUGGAUAUCCGCUGACUUUAUUCCUGGAGGAAGGUGGUGUGGUCACCGUCUGCAAGAUUAAUACACAGGAGCCUGAAGAGCCCAUAGACUUUGACUUUUGCAGCACAAAUGUGACCAACAAGGUGAUUCUGCAGUCCGACAGUCUUAAAGAGGCUUUCUCUGAGCUUGACAUGACCAGUGAAGUUCUGCAGAUUACUAUGUCACCAAGCCAUCCUUACUUCAGAUUAUCCACAUUCGGUAAUUCUGGAAAUGCCCAUUAUGAUUAUCCUAAAGACUCAGACAUGAUGGAGCUGUUCCAGUGCACUAAAUUACAGACCAACAGGUAUAAGAUCUCCCUGUUGAAACCUUCUACAAAGGCAUUGGCUCUGUCCUGUAAAGUCUCGGUGAGAACAGACAGCCGAGGCUUUCUCUCUCUACAGUAUCUUGUGAGGAAUGAUGAUGGUCAGAUUUGUUUUGUGGAAUACUAUUGCUGCCCUGAUGAAGAAGUGGGAGAAGAGUAAUUGGAAAUGCUUCAUUUGAUUUAUAACUUUUUAUCAUCUCCAUCUUCAUAACUGUUUUUGUUUUGUUUGAUAUUUAGUGUGUACUGACCUCACGGUUCUUUAUUCUGAUAAUUUACGUUCUAUGCUUAAAUAGAAGCUUAAUGUAGUUAGAAAUAAAAUAAAAAAACGUGUGGAUUUUGUAUUGAAUUUGAGACAAUACUAUGUGUGAUCGGCAGAGGGCGACAGAGAAAUGCUAAUUAGGCUACUGCAAAUAUUAGGAGUCUGAUGUUGGGAUUAAGGUUUUAAAU